GGUUGGUUGCCUUGCGCAGACACCCAAACAACGUCAGCACUCACCACUCACCUCUUUGAAGUGGACCAGAAGCAGGCAACAGUAACCCGACAUUAGGUGGGAAUCAAUAUUAUUACUGCUUGGAAGUCAACGGGAUAAACAAAACAAUUCACCGGACCCUGAGACCAACGGAGGGUAAAAUUUAAUGUCAGUCGGACUUUGCAAGGAUUGGUUCCCUGGGUUCUGGGCUCCGUCUGGAGUAUCGCUGACACAAUCACUGGAUCACUAAGGAUUUGACAACAAGCUCUUCAGUCAUCCUUUCUUGAUCUGAUUAUUAUUCAUAAUGUGUGUAGAAGAGUGUUAUUCCAAAGGCUACACUGACAGUGUCUACUGAGUGACUUCCAGCUCAAGUUUCAAGUCUUGACCCACUUAGAGAGAGAGAGAAGGAGAGAGGAGGAGAGGGGAUGCAAACAGAACAUCUACAGUUAGUGCUGAGGAUGUGUGACAGAAACAGUGUGAUAUUUCAGUAACAACUACUCCAGACAUGAACAUACAACAUAAGAAAAAGUUAUUUAAUUUCCUAAACUUAUAAAGAAUCUUCUUAAGGUAUAAUUACAGUAGUAUGUUGAACAAUAAGACCAAGCAAGCUCGGAAAUAGUAGUUUUGUCAUAAUAUGCUAAAGUAUAAAGUAAAUAGAUAAAAGGAAGAGAAACAAGCAGCAUCUGACCAUAAGAGAUAAAAUAUGUUCAUAGCAACUUCACUAGAUUGAAACACAAGCAAACCAAAAGACAAAAAUCUACAGGUGGACUAAAUAAAUAUAGAAAAAGUGCUGACAAAAAAAAGAAAAGAAAAUGGGGUUCGUAGAUUGCUGCUCCAAUAUCCUCACCAAGCUUCCUGGUCCCUCCCUUCCAUUCUUACCUGCUUUCUUUCUCGGCACCAUCUUUGCUUCCUUGAUCCUCCUAUACCUAUACAAGAAAGAAACUAAUCUCCCACUUAAUGACAUUCUUCUCCAUGCAUUCAGGAGCUUAUUUCUCCACCUACCUUCUAAUGGAUGCUCAGCUAGUGAUUCAGAAACAGACAAGUGUAAUAAUGUGCAGUGUGUGAGAUGUCAGAGAUAUGGUGAGCUACAGCACCAGAUUAUACAGAGAUGGAGAAGAUUGAAGGGCAGAGAAAUCAUGGUAUCAGUAGAUCGUGUGGAACAAGCUGUAAGGAGACUACAGACACAAGGUAAACUGGAGAAAAGUGAAAAAAUUACUGAUGUUACAAGAAAUGAGAGAGAAGAGGAAAGGAAAAUUGCAACUGAAGAAGAGACUGGAGGGAAACUGAAGUAUAGGGGAAAACAGAAAAGGCACGAAGGUAAAGCCAGUUCCCCUGACCAGAAUAAUGGAGAAAUGAAGGAUUGGAACAAAGAAAUUCAUGAGGAAAAAAAGGCUCAAAAGGAUGGAGGAUGCAGUGAAGAUGAAAAGGAAAAAACAAUGCAAGAUAAGGUUGAAAAGGAAAUGAAGAAAGGAAAACUCAAGACACAGAUGACUUACCAAAAGCCAACAUUAUUCCACGUUAUGGGCUUACCAGCAAAUCCUAACUGGACUGAGUAUGAUGUCCUUACCAAUGAGCAGAAGCUUCUUAAACUGAACUUUGAGUUAAUCACACAGGAAUUUGAGAAGGUCUUCAGCAGACUCCAAUCAGGAGACACAACAGGCUGGAAGAAUAAUAGCAUCCUUGAAGGACACUGGUGCAUUUUUCCAUUUGUUGAUCAAGGGAAGAUCAACACCUCAAAUUGCCACAGUUGCCCAAGGGUUGCUGAGAUCAUUCUAGGGUGUCUGCCAGCAAUGAUGAAUGACUGUGUGUUUGGUAAUGCAGCUUUCUCCAUACUAUAUCCAGACUCUCACAUCACACCUCACCAGGGACCCACCAACCUGCGUCUCCGUUGUCACCUGGGCAUCAAGGUGCCAAAUGGGUGCUGGUUGGAGGUGGCAGGACAGCAGUAUAAGUGGGUUGUAGGAGAAACUUUACUCUUUGAUGACUCCUUCACACACUCAGCACACUUUACAAACCAACCCAAUAAUAUGCAUUCACAGCCCAGAGCUAUUUUGUUACUUGAUUUCUGGCAUCCAAAUGUGACUAUCCAGGAAAAGGAAUGUCUGUUGGAGCUGCUAACACCUCUAGGAGUUUAGCUUACCAAAGAAUCCAUAUAUAUUUAGGAAGAGAUAGAUGGCAUUAACUUAUGAAUAGGUAAAGGAAUAAAGCAGGGUUGGAAUAGAGAAACUAGUUGGAUGAUAGUGGAAUUAUUCUUAAUUGAUUCAGUGAACUUAAUGUAAACUAGGAUGAUUUUUCUUUAUAUGUAUGAUAUUCAGAUGUAAUUAAAAAAAAAAUUUUUUUCUUAAAUGCCUUGAUUUUUAUAUUUUCUAGGAUAAAGAUAAGAAGUAUAAUUUCUCCAAAUACAUUAUAUUUAAUUGAGGUUUCACUAGGUCUAGAAUGUACUUGUACAUAUUGAAGAGUGUGAUGUUAUGUAUUAUAUAUAAAAUUGAACAUCUAUUAGAAUUUAGACUAACCAUUAGUAUAGAACCUUUUAAUUAUAUUGUGAUAUGUCCAUGCAAAUAGAGGGCAUCUGUUUUCAUCCACUUUGUAAUAAUACAAUAACAUUUCAUCACUCAAUA